ACGGUUGUAUAACGCAGUGACUCCAGAAUAUCUGGAGUUUAUUGUUCUUCGCCUGCUCCCUCCAGCUGAGCUAGUUCUGGUUAGCACGAGCUAGCUGGUGCCAACACGGUGUUAGCUCUCGGUGUAGCGCGCGCGGCUCGAACAGAAAACAGCGGUUAAUCCGUUCACGUUGCAGCUGGACUUCCUGCUUGUAGCUCGGCGGCUCCGGGACCAGGUGGACGAGACAUGGCAUCGUCGGCUCUGUACGCCUGUACGAAGUGUAACCAGCGGUACCCCUUCGAGGAGCUGUCGCAGGGCCAGCAACUGUGCAAGGAGUGUCGCAUCGCGCAUCCGAUCGUGAAGUGCACGUACUGCAGAUCUGAGUUUCAGCAGGAGAGUAAAACCAAUACGAUUUGUAAGAAGUGCGCCCAGAACGUCAAACAGUUUGGGACACCCAAACCCUGCCAGUACUGUAACAUCAUUGCUGCUUUUAUUGGGACAAAGUGCCAACGUUGUACCAACUCAGAGAAGAAGUAUGGACCUCCACAGACCUGUGAACAGUGCAAACAACAAUGCGCCUUUGACCGUAAGGAGGAAGGCAGGAGAAAGGUGCAAACCUCACACACAUUCUUGAGAUUACAGCUCAUGUGUUUUAGUGAGCCUUACGAGCCGCUGCGUCUGCUGCAGGUGGAUGGAAAACUUCUUUGCUGGCUCUGCACGCUGUCUUACCGCCGUGUCCUGCAGAAGACUAAGGAGCAGAGGAAGGGCUUCGGGUCCUCCAACUCCUCAUCGUUGAACGAGAAGGACCACCACUCCAGAUCGCACCAUCAUCACCACCACCAUCACCACCACCACCACCCACACAGACACAGCAGUUCUCACCACAAACUGAGUGGGAGCUUGAGUCCUGAGCCGGAGCCGGGACUCUGGAAGCAGAGCCAUAAAUUGUCUUCAAUCCAAAAGGAGACUCCAAAGAAGAAACCAAAACUGGAGUUGAAGCCAUCGAACGGGGACAGUAGUUCCAUCACUCAGUCCAUGGAUUCUGGUGGAACAGACAACUUCAUCCUCAUCAGCCAGCUGAAGGAGGAAGUGAUGUCACUGAAGAGACUUCUGCAGCAGAGGGAUCAGACCAUCCUGGAGAAGGACAGAAAGCUUACAGAACUCAAAGCAGACUUUCAGUACCAGGAGUCCAACAUGAGAGUGAAGAUGAACCAGAUGGAGAAGGCCCACAAGGAGGCCAUGGAGCAACAGCAGACUAAGAACAGGGAGCUGAUGAAACAAGUGGCUGCCCUUUCGAAGGGUAAAAAGUUUGACCGGACAGGAAGUUCUCUGCUGCUGCCCUAACAAUAGGCCGGCCAUCGGGUAAUGACAACAGAGCGGCUUCAUUUAAUGUAAAACUGGACGUUUCCCUCGUGUCUCCUCUUUGUCAUCUGCAUCGAUUGCUUCUUGAAUUGCUGAAGCCAGAGGGCUUGUUACACAAGGAAACCACACGUUAACGUUCAAAGAAAGCUCUCUAAAAAUCAACACGUUUUUAAAUAUUUUAUGACACUUUUCCUUUGGGAUCAAAGGAUGCAACUUUAGGUGAUGUGUGGGAGGGAGCCCUUGUUUCUACACUGCCGGGCCACAGCAAACAGCACUUUGCGUGCUUUUGUGGAGAGCAGUCUGGUGACUCUGUAUCCACUUGUUUUUUAUGGAUGUCAUGCAUUUAUUUAUUCAGCUGUAUUUCUUAGCUUUGUUUUUACUCCUCAAGACAUACUGAGAGGAUAUCCCACAUUUUGGGGUUCUCAAUAGCAACUAGUUCUAUUUUUAUAAACAGACGCGAUCGUAGAAGACGAGCUCUCCUUAACGGAGACCUACGUGCAACUUUACGAUGUAUGCAAAACGCCGGCUGGGUUACUGCCGAGCUGCUGCUCGGUGGUAGAAAACUCAGAAUCCAAACAACCAAUGAGCACUCUGAAACGGCUAAAUGCCUCUUUGCUGCCCACUUUCUCACUGUGUGACAGCUUUGCUGUUUCUCUUUACUGGAACGGUUGUCAUACUGCAUGAUUUUACUGCCAGGUACCAGAGUGGUCACACUUCUUUACCCUCCCCUUUUACUUAGUUUUUUAAGAAUCACUUGUAAAUGUAUUUACUGGGGUCAGCCAUUAUAUUGAAACCAUUGCUUCUGUCAGUUUUAGUGAGUACAGUAUGUGUAUGGUAUGGCCAGUAGACAUUAACAUGUCUGUAGAAGAUGCUUUUCCAAGGAACACAUCACGUUACGUUUCUGGGCUGGUUUCAUACUGUGGUGUUCAGGAUCACUUUUGUACUUUUUUCCAAUUUCAGAUGUUUAAAA